AGUUUCUUGCCUGAAAUAAUUGUUGUCUGCGAGUACGAGUAUGUGCAUAGUGUGAUCUUGUAAAUAAGUUUGAACUAGAUUGACUGAGGACGGCGACAUAAUGCAGGAGCUCUUGGAAGGAUCACACCCCGUGCGGAUGUGUGCUCCGAUGGUCCGCUACUCCAAGCUUCCAUUUCGUAUGUUGGUCCGCCAGUACGAAUGUGAUGUUGCGUUCACUCCCAUGAUCAUUGCCGACAGUUUCGUUCACUCAGCCAAAGCCAGAGCAAAUGAAUUUACAACAAGUGAAGUUGACCGGCCACUCGUUGUGCAGUUUGCUGCAAAAACAGCUGAGGAGUUUUCAACAGCAGCUCAGCUUGUAUCUCCGUAUUGCGAUGCCGUGGAUCUGAACUGUGGCUGCCCUCAGCGGUGGGCGAUCAAGGAGUGUUACGGCUGCUAUCUAUUGAACCAGCCGGAGCUUGUUGCCGAUAUGGUUCGGCAAACAAAGUGCAAUGCCACUGUGCCGGUGUCGAUAAAGAUCCGUGUUUCGGAGGACAUGCGGAAAACUGUAGAGCUAGUGCGACGUGCUGAGAAGGCCGGUGUGGAGUGGAUCACAGUGCACGGGCGUACGGUCAAGCAAAGGGCAGAGCCAGUCGACUAUGAUUCGAUCAAGCAGGUUGUAGACAGCGUGUCGAUCCCGGUGUUUGCAAACGGUGACAUUACCCAGGCAUCCCAUGUCGGUGAUGUCUGCUCCCGCACCGGAGCACGGGGGGUAAUGGCUGCACGCGGAAUACUCAGCAACCCGGGCAUGUUUGCUGGCCAUUCACAAACCACAUUGGACUGUAUUCAGUCAUGGGUGGACAUCGCUUUGUCUACAGGCACACCGUUCACAACGUUUCACCAUCACCUCAUGUACAUGUUGGAAAAGGCGCAUAGCAAAGCUGAUCGACAAGUGUUCAACACCCUCGGAAGCAUUCCGGCCGUUCUGAACUUCCUAGAGUCCCACUAUGGAAUCAGCUAGACGUGAAGCCGCGGAUUCAGCAUACCCAUAAAGUUUAUAUUUGACAUAUUCAUUGCUAUUUAUAAGGUUGAGGGAGUUGAAAAUGGCAUCAUUGCUCCCAGUAUACCCUGUGGAAAACGUGUGUGAUUUUUUCGCACGUUAGCGUUCAAGUCAACCUGCGAAAACUGAGUCCGCAGCACUUUCCUCAUGCCUAACGAACGGCUUGACUGGCACAUGGUACUUGAAGUAAGUGCUGAGUGAGCAUGAUGAUUUGCUUAUUUAUUGAUCGGCGUAUCUUAUAAUUCAUCAAGCACGCCUGUGUUUGGUAAUAUCUCAGAAGAAAUCGAAGCUAUCAAAUCAUGGAAAAUCAUUCUCCAUAUUCGCAUUCAAUCAAUAUUAAUCACCCUGUCCUCUUGGGCUCGUCUAGUCUAAUGAUUGAAACCUGGAAGUAACUUAUUCACUCAUCCACUAUAGUUAUCACGUUUAACAUGGUGGAUCUCAAGUAACUUGCUCAAUAAAACAUGUUGAAGUAUCCGCGAGUCAAA